UUUCCGCUUAUAUUUAAAUAAUAAUGGAAAACUACCCUUCGCGCAAGUCACGUCGAACUAACUAUUGAUCGACGUUCCUCGGUAGUGUUUCUGGACAUGAAGGAUUCGGUUGCACGCCGUACGUAACGCCCGCGUCUAUCGUCUAAUUAAAGAAAUAAACCUUUUUGUGAAUACAAUAAACAUUUUUAAUAACAAAACGACCAAAAUGGUCGAUGGUCUUUUGGAGGAUGGACCUUUGAUAAGGCCUGUUGAAUCUGUAUCAACGAACACCCUUGUGGGACUGUGUAUCGCAGCAAUAGCAGUAAUAUGCGCCGCCGCGAUGACCUGGUGGUUAUGUCGUCGACGUCGUGAGCAUACAAAAUUAAGUAUGGAUAAAUCAUUGGCAUUUCGACCACCUCAUCGUAAACCAACAGCAGUUAAAAGUCCCGGAAGUACAAGUCAUUACUUAAAAAAGAGCCCAAGUCCUACAGGUCCCGCUAAAAGUCCACCUGGUUCUGGUGGACAAACGCCAAGUCCAACUGGUUCUCAACCACUUGAGCACCCUAACAAUCAUUCUUCUCAACUUAAAUCACUUCCAGGAGUCAACGGUAUAACACCUCAGCAGGCACCUUGUGAAGUAACAAUUACUACUGAAAAUGAGAAAGAUAAAGCUGAAUUUGAAUCUAGUGAAAAAGCAGAGCGUGCUUUUGUUAAUGGUCACACCAAUACAAAUGGGUUAGGACAACUAGUUUUCAAAUUACGCUAUCAGGCUGAUCAGAACGCUCUCGCUGUGACAGUUGUCAAAUGCACAGGAUUGCCUGCGCGUGGACAUCAAACCAGUGACCCUUAUGUUAAGCUUCAGCUGUUACCAGAUAAAGAGGAUAGAGUAAAAACAAGAGUAUUAAGAAACACCCGUGAUCCUGUUUAUGAUGAAGAUUUUACCUUUUUUGGUGUUUCUCAGAGCCAACUGCAGAAAAUCAGUCUGCACUUUAUUGUGCUAAGCUUUGAUAGGUAUUCUCGUGAUGCUAUGAUUGGUGAAGUUAUAUGUAGUUUGUCUUCUAUUUUUGGAUUAGAAAAUAUGGACAACCAAGAGAUAUCAUUAUGCCGAGAAAUUUGUCCUCGAAGCUUAAAGAUCCAAUCACAAGGUAGAGGAGAGCUAUUAGUUUCUUUGUGCUGGCAGCCAGCAGCAAAUCGACUAACAGUAGUUGUUUUGAAAGCAAGAAAUUUACCAAAGAUGGAUGUUACCGGUUUGGCUGACCCAUAUGUUAAAAUAUAUUUACUUUAUAAUUCACAACGUAUAGCUAAGAAAAAGACACACGUUAAAAAACGGACGCUGAGUCCAGUUUUUAAUGAAUCUUUUGUCUUUGAGAUACCUAAUGGCAUCGAUGGACUUGGAAAUAUCAGCCUGGAAUUUAUGCUAUUAGAUUGGGACCGUGUUACGAAAAAUGAGGUGAUUGGACGACUAGAACUUGGUGGAUCAAAAUGCCAAGGGUCAGCAUUGGUUCAUUGGAAUGAAGUUUGUAGUUCACCUAGACGGCAAAUUGCCGACUGGCACAAACUUAGAGAGUAAAAAAAAAUCUUUAAUUUUACUCCCGCAAGAUUCUCCUUGUAUUCAUUAAACUUUAUAAAUGAUUAUCAUAUAUAUCACUGAAUGUGAAAAAUCAAGAGAAAACAACGUAAAAUAUCAAUUUUAUAAAAACAAUACUCAGUCAGUAUAGAAACAUCAGAUAUGAUAAUGAAAUUGAGAAUAUUUUAUCGAUAGAACUUAUUCUCGUUAUUGUAUGUAAUCUUUCUUUUAUUUACGCGGCCUCAUAGUCGAUUAUGUCCUUGUCUUGCAUCAACAUUUGACAUUAAAAAAACACGCAUCGCAUAGAUGCUUUUAUCGUCAUCCCUAACUGAAUAAUGAGGAUUCAAAUCGAUUAAUUAUAAAUGACACAUGUAAUCGAUAAAUUUAUAAAUGGAAAAGUUGAGUAUCAGAUAGAAAAAAAAGAUACGAAUGAUAUCGAAAAAUAUGACACGACUAAAUAAAUAUAAAAUUGAACUUUUAAAUUCAAAGUAACGUAAGAGACCCAGUACCCGAUCAGGGAAUUACCCGAUCAAUCAUGUAUUUGUAUAUCUAUAUUUACUAAAUUUUACUAAAUAUAAAUAUACAAAUAUAUGGAGUAAUCGAGUACUAGUUUCCUAAUCGGGUACUAGAUCUUUUACUUUAUCUAAAGAAACGAUAUCAAAAUUUUUUAUUAUAACUAUUACGCCGUGGUCUUCUGACGGCAGUUUCUUUCUCAUUAAUCGUAAAUGCGAUUAUACUUAAUGGACACGCUAAAAUUUAGUUCCUUAUUUUUUUAUGUAUUCAAACUUUUGUCAAACAAAACGAUUCAAAAAUACUAAUAAUAAUAGUAAUAAAUAUAGUAUUUAUAAAAAUAAGAUAAAAUCAUGGAUCGUAAUACUUUACAUAUAGGUCUACUUUAUGAUUGUACAUAUGUAAUUGAUAAUAAUGAUAUGAGAACUGGAAUACAUUGUUCUGCUGAAAUAUUAUAAUAUUAUUUAAUUGUAUUAAUAGAAUAUACGAAUAAUUACUUA